AUGCAGGCUCUGUUGGUGGCCGCGCUGGUGGGCGCCGCGCGCGCCGGGGUGGUGCCCGUCGGCCCCCACUACGGCCUGGGCCACGGCCUGGGCCCCGGCCCCGUGCACUACGCCCCCGCGCCGUACUACGCCCCCGCCCCCGUGCACUACGCCCCCGCGCCGGUGCACUACGCCGCCCACGAGGUGUACCCCGACUCGGUGCCCGAGUACAGCUUCGGGUACUCGGUGUCGGACGCGCACACCGGCGACGCCAAGAGCCAGCACGAGACGCGGCACGGCGACGUGGUCAAGGGCAGCUACUCGCUGGUGGAGCCCGACGGCACCAUCCGCACCGUCAAGUACACGGCGGACCACGUCAACGGCUUCAACGCCGUGGUGGACCGCCAGCCCCCGCACCACCCGUACCACCACUACUGACCGCCGUCGCCGCGGCACCUCGCCACUGUACAGAGCUUUAAAUAAAAGACUUCGAAAUGUUCCUA